UACGUAACUUUCCCAGUGCAGGAUCAGCAUACACCUGCUCCUGCAUGUCCCUCGGACCAGGCGUACAGAGUAUACUGUGGCUUUAACACAUUCAAAAAACAUUGAGUAGGAGCCCAGUCAUUGUUUUUUAUUUGGAGGGUAAAUUCAAACUGGAGUCAUGACAGCCCUGAGGACCACCAAAGACCCCAAGAAGGAAUACCUUUCUGUAAAGGAUUUGGAAAAGAUUCUGGACUCUUGCAAGCUGCGGUUGGCACAGAUAGAUGAAGUUUGGCCUAACAUAUUUAUAGGAAAUGUGGCAAUAGCCCAGAACAAGAGUGCCCUGCAGAGUGCUGGUAUCACUCACAUACUGAACGCGGCUCACUCCAAGGGGGGCAGCGUUGGGGACCACAGGUUCUAUGGCAACAGCUUUGUGUAUUAUGGUAUUCCAGCAGAGGACUCGACUCACUUUGAUCUGGAUGUUUACUUCAAGCCCGCGGCAGAUUUCAUUCAUAAAGCAUUAAUACAACCAGAUGGAAAGGUUCUGGUGCACUGCAUUAUGGGUAUGAGCAGGUCUUCUACCUUGGUGUUGGCAUACCUCAUGUUGUAUUGUCACAUCCCACUCCACCGUGCGCUCCAAAAAGUGGUCCAAAAGAGAGCCAUCUACCCCAACAGAAACUUCCUGGCGCUGCUGCUGGAUCUGGAUCUUCAGUUGAAGAGAAAACCGAAAACCUGGAAAAAAUGUCUGAUUCUGUAGAAACGAAAACUAAAUGGACCAAACAUCACUGAGGAAGGGGAAGCAGUACGUGAAUUAAAUGUGAAUGAAUUCGAUGUCAAAUCACUUCAUGCACAAACCGCACAGAAACAAACAUGUAUACCUCAAAACGAAUAAAGAUGAAUAGAAACUUGAA